GCUAUUCCACGGCCGCGCUGACGCAUCGUCUUGCUCAAAGUCGUUGCACGAAUCCGACGGCGUCGAGGUCGUCCCGAGGCUUGUAGCCAGCGCUAUGAGUAGCGGGGUAGGAGGCUGAAGGGAGGGCGGAACCAAACAAGACCGGCUGAACAGACGUCAUCUCACACAUCUCGGCCCGUUCGGAGGUGCGCCGAUACCCACUUCCGAGCUAUCGCUCAUCUUGCAAACGCAGCAUCCCUCACGCCGCCCAUGCGGCGCACACCGCCGUCUUUCCACGAACUAUCUGUUAUCAAUGAUGUCCUAUACAGCGGACAGCGGGACUAAGCGGAAACGAGUGACGCGCGCGUGCGACAAGUGCCAUCGGAAUGGGUCAAAGUGCAGCCGCACGCCCGGCGGCGACCGCUGUGUUCGCUGCGUCGAACUCGGUAUACCCUGCACCUUCGAUCGGCCGGUUAAGCGGCGUGGACCACCGGCGCGCCGCGCCCGUGUCGAGGACGGCGAGUCACCGCGCUCGCGCCCCGCAUCUCUCCGCAGGCCCCAAACGCCAGGUGCAGGAACCAGUGCAUCUAGCGCGAGUUCGCCGCCCCUCGAAGUCCCACUCACCUUUUGGCAACACGACGACCUGCUGGACCGCGCCACGGUUGAGGGGCUCGCUGACAUUUUUCUCCGCACCAUGUAUCCGCUUCGCCCAUUUAUCCACUGGCCAAGCAUGAUGGCGGAUAUACGCGCCGGACGCUAUCGCUCCAACUGGGGAGUGUUUAUCGUCACCAUUGCGAUGUGCGCCAUGGCUGCCAGCAAGCUCGCCGACGGUGGCGUGCCGGGCGAAAUCCCCAUUGCCCUUCAAGCACGUGCAGGCGUGCUAGCCACCGAAUGCUACACAAUAGCUGUAGCCGCUGUCCGGCGCGAUGUCGAUGCUGAGCUACCCAUAGACGUCCUGCCAUUGCUCAAGGCGCGCUCGCUUCUUGGAUGCACUUGUAUGCAACGAGGGCAUCGCACAGCCGCACUCGCACACUACGGAGAAUACUCGAUCAUAUCGGCUCAGGCAGGCUUUCACGACGAGGCGAACUGGCCGUCUGAGAUUUCGGAAAUACAGCGACAAGAGCGUCGUAGACUGUUCUGGUUCGCAUAUCAGGCGGACUAUUACACGUCAACAACACUGAGCUUGCCACCGAGACACAGAGAAGCUCGUGCGCGCGUAAACUACCCAGCCGACGCGGACGACGACGACAUUUCGGAUACGGCUGUGUCGCUGCGCCUUGGACACAUCUCGUUCAUGAAGGGAUGGAACGUAUGUUCGGACUUGUAUCGCAUGAUUGAGCAUGUGUACGACAACCUGCGCGCGGAUCCUGAUGGACAUGAUGAGGAAGACCACAUUACAGCGUUUCUAGCUGGCGCGAGUAACAUUGACUCGCACGCCGCGCUCAAGCUCCUCACACGCCUCUUGGACGACCUCCCACCAGAACUACGACGAGUCAAGCCGAUGACGGGCAAUAUAGAACUGGACAGACUAGGCUUCAUCGCGACCAAUAUCAUUAUCACGGCGCAAACGCUAAAGAUGAUGCUCGCCCUCAGUGAUCGCUCAAGUGUGCACCACCGCUGCGCAAUUGCGAGCGAGCUGCUGGACGAACUAGCGACUCUCCCCGCGUCGUACUUGCAGGCGUCGAGCGUUACUACACUCCAACAUCUCGCGCACGUUGGACACCUCCUGUCGGGCGUCAUUGACGGCCCCCUUCCAGCCUGGACAUACCUACAGGUUCGGAACAUUCUGCUCGUGUUGUCAGAGUUUAUCCGAACACUUGAGGCUGGGCGACCUACCCCCUGGGACCUCGCGACCAAACUUCGUGAACAGAUCGACCGCAUCGACCGAAACAUGAUACAGGCUGAGACCGCCACAAUCCCUGGGCUGGCAGAUAGUCUGAUACGCUCUGUUGGCGCUUCCGCGGACAACGGCGCGAGUGUAUCGUUGUUGGGCGCCGGAGCUUCGACAUCAGCCCCGCCACUCCCUGACCCUCCAGCCCCACGACCUGCGUCAACUAGCACCCGUAUACUUCCGGUUCCCAACCGCAUGAUCUCUAUCGAGGCAGGGUUAGGCUCACAUCUCUCGCCUCUUGGUCCCGCAGAGUCUAUAUCCCAUCCGGUGGCCGACGAGUCGCUAAUUCAAGACCCCCUCGCGGCUCUCCCAGUCAGAGAUCUCAUUCCCCCACACGAUGCGCUGUCCGCUCUUCAACUAGGCAGUGACCCGACAGUGUCAUCUUUCGAUGCGCUUGGCUUCGCCGCGUCACAAGGCAUGUUCGAGUCUGGUGGAGCGUCAAUGGAUGACGCCCUUAUCGGCGAGUUUCUGCGCUACUGGCCGGCUCACGGCAUGCUGGCCGAUGCAGUGCAUGAGGGUUCGCCAUAUCCAGGGGCGGGCAUUUGAGAAGUGUUAACCCGUGGACACCUAUAAGUGCAGAUGAUUCAUGACAUAUCUAGAUAACAUUGUAAUAUUGAAGGUCCUACUACGGUCUGGGCUUCUGCAUUUCUCGGGUC